AUGGAAAUAAGGCAUGAAGAAGAUGCUAUAAUAGAGCUCUACAACGCAUCCAUGAGUGGAUGUACAACCACAUUAUCUAGGUUGAUCCAUAAAGAGCCAAACAUCCUUAACAGAAUUUCCCUCACUUCUAUGAGUGAAACUCCAUUACACAUAUCUACUUUAGUUGGUCACCUUGAUUUCAGUAGAGCUCUUCUACUUCUAAAACCCCAACUUGCUAUCGAGUUGGACUCCCAUAAACGUUGCCCCCUUCACAUGGCUUCUGCUGAGGGCCACAUUGAGAUUGUCCAAAUAUUAUUACGUGCAAACAACAAUGCAUGCUUAAUUCGUGAUCAAGAUGAGAGAAUUCCUCUCCACUAUGCAGUCAUGAGGGGACGAAUUGAUGUUGUGAGGGAGUUGAUCACUGCGCAGCCUGACUCAUCUCAAAUUGUGCUUGAUGUGGGUGAGACUGUUUUGCAUGUAUGUGUCAAAUACAACCAAAUAGAGGCUCUUAAAUUACUGGUGGAAUCUUUGAGUGACGAAGGGGAUUUUCUCAAUUCCAAUGACCAUGAUGGUGGCAAUACUAUAUUGCAUUUAGCUGUGAUGCUAAAGCAAACCAAGGUAGUUAAAUACUUGCUUUCAGUGUCUAAAGUGAAAGAUGGAGCGUAUUCAUUGAACCAGAUGGGUUUUACAGCCUUAGAAGUCUUAGAUCACUGUGCAGAAGGCUUGAAAAGUGUCACCAUUCGAAAAAUUUUAUUAGAUGCUGGGAUUGAAAGAGCAAGGAACCAAACUAAUCUUCAACCACCAUUAGCAGUUGUUAUUGGUCACCAUGAACCAGCAAAACCAGUGCAGCCAAGCAAGAAUUGGUGGUUGAAAUGGAUAGAAUACUUGAGCUACCAGGGUGAUUGGUUAGGAGAGAUGCGUGGUGCAUUAAUGGUGGUGGCUACUGUUAUCACAACUAUAACUUUCCAACCUGUACUUAAUCCCCCAGGUGGAGUUUCGCAAACAAAUGAACCAUAAGUAUUGAGAGUAAUGGAAAGAGAUACAAUAUUACAUGUCCAGCCGGAACCUCGGUCUUAGCCUGUUAUUCUGAUCAGUACUUAUACUCAUUUUUCUUGAUUUGCAAUACUAUCUCUUUCACUGCAUCUUUGUGUGUCACCUUUUUGCUUAUUAGUGGAUUUCCUCUCAGGAAUAAGCUUUGCAUGGGGCUCUUGACAUUUUCCAUGUGUAUCACUCUCACUUUCCUAGCUUUUGCCUAUAUAUAUGCAUUCAUCCUGCUGAUACCUGAUCAACCUUCUUUUUAUGAUAAUUAUAGAUCUGAGCCAAUGUUCAUCCUACCAAAUUGUGUUCAGUUAAGUUUGAUGGCUGUGGUUGGUAUCGUUCUUCUGAUUCACACAAUGCGCUUUCUCACCUGGAUGGUUGUCAAGAUACGAAAGUUCACCUUAUACAUGCAAAGACGCUAAUAAUUAAGUUGGACAAUUAGGAUUGGACCGACUUGAAUAUAAUAUCGGAGACUGCAAUUUCUAUUACUAGAUGAAAUUUAAUCGUCUUUUGGGUUGUAAGUGAC